AUGGCGACUUCCCAGCGCGUUGUCAUUAUCGGCGCCGGCAUUGUCGGCACCAACCUUGCCGACGAGCUGGUCUCGCGAGGAUGGAAGGACAUCACCGUUGUCGAACAAGGCCCUUUGAGCAUGCCUGGUGGCUCCACAUCGCAUGCGCCUGGCCUGGUCUUCCAGACGAACCCGUCGAAAACAAUGACCCUGCUCGCAAAGUACACGGUCGAAAAACUACAAGCCCUCGAAAAGGAUGGGCAGAACUGCUUCAACCAAUUGGGUGGCAUGGAGGUUGCGACCACACCUGAGCGUCUGCAGGAAAUCAAGCGCAAGCAUGGCUAUGCGCAGUCCUGGGGAAUCGAGGCGCACCUGAUCAGCCCCGAAGAGUGUCUCCAGAAAUAUCCGCUUCUCAACAAGGACAUUGUCCUGGGCGGCCUGUACAUCCCGACUGACGGCCUCGCAUUGGCAGCUCGCGCGACCCAGAUUCUGAUCGAGAAUACACGCAACGCCGGCGUAAAAUAUCUCGAGCACACCCUCGUAACGGGCAUCGAGCAAGCAAACGGACGCGUGACCGGCGUAACGACGAACAACGGUUCAGUCCCAGCCGACAUAGUUGUUUCAUGUGCGGGCUUUUGGGGUGUAGAGAUUGGCGCAAUGGUUGGUUUGAAGGUGCCGCUGCUUCCUCUCGGUCACCAGUAUGCAAAGACAACGACUGUUCCCGGUCUCGAGAACCGCGAGGUCAACAAGAAGAUCAACGCCAUGAACGCCGAAUAUCCGAUCCUCCGACACCAAGACCAGGACCUAUACUACAGAGAGCAUGGAGAUCAGUAUGGUAUUGGCUACUACGGCCAUCGCCCGAUGCCCAUCAAAGCAUCUUCGUUGGGUGUUACACCCAAGCAUGUGGAUGAGAAGAGUAUGCCCUCUCGACUUGAGUUCACACCCGAAGACUUUGAGCCGGCUUGGAAAGCAACGAAAGAAUUGCUUCCCGUCUUACGCCAGACUGAGAUUGCAGACGGCUUCAACGGAAUCUUCUCCUUCACGCCAGACGGUGGAUCGGUCGUCGGACAAGCUCCUCACUUGGACAACUUCUGGGUUGCAGAAGCUGUUUGGGUCACACACUCGGCUGGUGUUGCUCGAGCUGUCGCAGAGACACUCACAGAGGGCCGUUCGACCGUGGACGUCUCCGAGUGUGAGCUGACACGGUUUGAAGAAGUUCAGCUGAGCCCAGAGUACGUCAGCGAAACCUCGCAGCAGAACUUUGUAGAGAUUUACGACAUCAUCCACCCUCUUGCACCAAAAGAGAGCCCUCGUAACCUUCGUCUCAGUCCUUUCUAUGCUCGACAAAAGGAGCAAGGCGCAUUCUUCCUCGAGGUUGGAGGCUGGGAGCGUCCACACUGGUACGAAGCCAAUGCCAGCCUGGUGCAAACUUUGCCAGAGGAGUGGAAGCCGGUCGACCGCGAUGCCUGGUCGUCCAAGUUUUACUCGCCGAUUGCUGCAGCUGAAGCCUGGAAAACUCGUAACGCGGUGGCGCUAUAUGACAUGACCACCUUCCACCGUUUCGAGGUGUCUGGCCCUGGCGCAGUCCAUUUGCUUCAAAGACUUACCACUAGCGACGUCUCUGGAAAACCCGGUGGUAUCGUCCAUACCCUACUUGUCAACGCUCACGGCGGCGUCUUGAGUGACGUCUUCGUGUCGAGAAUCGAAGGAGACCUGUUUCAGGUGGGCGCGAAUACUGCGACCGAUCUUGCCUACCUCUCACGCGAGGCUCGCCACCAAGAGAAGCAUACUCCAGGCCAGUGGGUACAAGUACGAGACAUUACAGGCAGCACCUGCUGCCUUGGUCUUUGGGGCCCCAGGGCUCGGGAUGUUAUCCAAACAGUCAGCCCCGACGACUUCAGCAGCAACGGACUACCCUACAUGGGCGUCAAGAAGACAAGCAUAGCAGGUAUUCCAGUCACCAUGUUCCGAAAGUCUUUCGUAGGCGAGUACGGCUGGGAGAUCCAAACCACGCCUGACCUGGGUUUGCGCCUUUGGGACAUACUAUGGCAGGCAGGUAAGCCUCAUGGCCUCAUUGCCGCCGGUCGUGCAGCAUUCAACGGCCUGAGAAUCGAGAAGGGCAUCCGAGCAUUGGGAUCCGACAUGAAUUCGGAGCAUAACCCCUGGGAAGCCGGAGUCACAUACGCCAUCCAAAUGGACAAGAAGGCUGAAUACGUUGGCAAGUUUGCCUUGGAACAGCUUUCGAAGAAGGCGCCGCCCCGCCGGCUGAGGUGUCUCACCGUCGACGAUGGUCGGUCCAUGGUGAUGGGCAAGGAGCCUGUGUUUGUUGAAGGCCAAAGAGCUGGCUAUGUUACCAGUGCGGCUUUUGGCUACACCGUACGAAAGCCCGUGGCGUACGCAUGGCUUCCAAGUAAUGUCGGCGAAGGAAAGUCGGUGGAGAUUGAGUACUUUGGCAAGAAGAUCCAGGCCACAGUAACGCGCGAUCCUUUGUAUGACCCACAGGAGCGCCAUCUGCGAAGCGAGGGACUCACAGCGCAGCCGGCGCUGGAGAAGAGGUUGAAGUCAUUGUUGUGA